CAUCUUUAUCGCUGAGUGACCGUAUAAAUCUUCUACUCGCUCGUUUUCAAACGAGAAACGAGCUCAUUCAUUUCGAUUUCGUCUCGAUUUUGGUUUCUUUGCUGAAAUCAAGAGAGAGUUGUAGACGCAACUUAACGAAAGCUAUUCGAUCAUGGCGGAACCUUCAGUCACCAUGGAGGUCGGAAAUGAUGGCGUUGCUGUGAUCACCAUGUCUAAUCCUCCUGUAAACGCUCUAGCAAGAUCCAUGUUUCCUGCCUUGAAGUCGAAAUUUGAUGAGGCGAUGAGGAGAAAUGAUGUGAAGGCUGUCGUUUUGACUGGCAAAGGAGGAAAGUUCUCUGGUGGGUUUGACAUCAACGUUUUUGAAAAGAUUCACAAGACUGGGGAUGUGUCCCUCCUGCCUGAUGUCUCUGUUGAUAUUGCAGUCAACACAAUGGAAGAUGCCAAGAAGCCAAUUGUUGCUGCCAUCGAAGGACUUGCUUUGGGGGGAGGGUUAGAAAUGGCUUUGGCAAGCCAUGCGCGUAUUGCUGUUCCUAAAGUUCAACUUGGUUUACCAGAGUUGACUCUUGGAGUAAUUCCAGGAUUUGGAGGCACUCAAAGACUUCCCAGACUUGUAGGCCUAUCAAAAGCUAUUGAAAUGAUGCUGUUAUCUAAAACAAUCACAUCCGAAGAAGGAAAGAAGCUAGGUCUUAUAGAUGAUGUUGUCAGUCCAAAUGAGUUGAUGAAGGUAGCUAGAAAGUGGGCUUUAGAUAUUGCUGAUAGACGCAAACCAUGGAUUCGUACUCUUCAUAGGACAGACAAAAUUGGGUCCCUGGCUGAAGCUCGUGUGGCACUAAAAUCUGCUAGAGAGCUGGCAAAAAAGAUUGCACCAAACACACCACAGCACCUUGCGUGCAUUGAUGUUAUUGAAGAGGGAAUAAUUCAUGGAGGAUAUAGUGGAGUUCUAAAGGAGGAAAAAGUAUUCAAGGAACUUGUAGCAACGGACACUGCCAAAGGUCUUGUUCACAUCUUUUUUUCGCAGCGUUUAAUAUCAAAGGUACCAAAUGUUACCGAUCGUGGGCUUAAACCAAGACAAGUGAAGAAAGUUGCUGUUAUCGGGGGUGGUUUAAUGGGUUCCGGGAUAGCAACAGCUCUUAUUUUAAGCAACGUCCAUGUUGUUCUUAAGGAAAUCAAUGCUGAAUAUCUUCAAAAGGGAAUAAAAACUAUUGAAGCAAAUCUUCGAGGCUUAGUAGUGAAAGGCAAGCUGACAGAAGAUAAGGCAGAUAAAGCCUUUUGGAUUCUUAAAGGUUCAUUGGAUUAUUCAGACUUCAAAGAUGUGGAUAUGGUGAUUGAGGCGGUUGUUGAGAAUGUUCCCCUUAAACAAAAGAUAUUUAGUGAAAUUGAGGAAGUGUGCCCUCCUCACUGUAUAUUGGCAUCCAAUACCUCAACUAUCGACCUCAAUCUAAUUGGAGAAAAAACCAGAUCCUCAGAUAGAAUAAUUGGAGCACAUUUUUUCAGCCCUGCUCACAUUAUGCCUCUCCUCGAAAUUGUACGGACAGAAAAGACUUCCCCACAAGUGAUUCUUGAUCUUAUGAAUGUUGGAAAAAUCAUAAAGAAGGUUCCUGUUGUUGUGGGCAACCGCACUGGAUUUGCAGUCAAUCGUGCAUUUUUCCCAUAUGCUCAGGCUGCACAUUUUCUGAUUAAUUUAGGUGUCGACCCGUUCAGAAUUGACCGGGUGAUCACCAAAUUUGGUCUUCCCUUGGGCCCUUUGCAGCUUCAGGAUUUAAGCGGAUAUGGAGUGGCAACUGCAGUAUGGAAAGAAUUUUCAGCCGCAUUUGCGGGUCGAGUUUUCUUCUCACCUUUGAUUGACCUGAUGAGGAAAAAUGGACGCGACGGUAAAAACAAUGGUCGGGGUUACUAUAUUUAUGAGAAAGGAAGCAAACCAAAGCCUGAUCCUUCAAUUUUACCAAUUGUGGAGGAGUCUAGGCGCAUUACCAACAUUAUGCCGAGUGGAAAGCCUAUACCCGUUUCUGAUCAGCAAAUUUUGGAAAUGGUACUCUUUCCUGUGGUCAAUGAGGGAUGUCGAGUGGUAGAAGAAGGAAUCGUCGUUAGGCCGUCCGACCUUGAUGUUGCGACUGUUCUUGGAAUGAGCUUUCCUUCCUACCGCGGUGGUCUCCUGUUUUGGGCGGAUUUGGUGGGUCCUAAACAUGUAUAUGCAAGUCUCAAGAAAUGGUCAGAACAAUAUGGCGAUUUCUUCAAGCCCUCUAAGUAUCUAGAAGAAAGAGCAGCCAAAGGCAUACCUUUGAGCGAAGCCGUUUCAGAAAAUGCAGCGUCGAGAUCCCGACUCUGAGCAAAUAAGCUUCUUUCACCCAAUCCUCCUGCAAUAGCUUCCCUUUCUUAGACCUUGAAAUCGCCCAAAAUGCAAAAGCAACAAGAAUUGGUUUGCUUGUAUUUGUAUUGUUAUGAGUUCUUUUUCUUCUUUUUCUUGUUCUUUUUUUUGGUAGGUAUUUUAGUUCAAUAAUGUGCGUCUGGGGAUUUGGAAAUGUACUCUUGGAUUAAGUAUGGCAUUUAAAUUUUGUAUGUUGUUUAAUAAUUACUGGAUAACAGAUAAUUAUUUAA